AUGAACACACUGAUUGAGUGGAGGAUCGUUAUAUACUGGACAAGAGAUGAAAAUUUGAGGUGGUUUCUGGAGGACCUAAGGAUUUUUCGAACGCUCAAACGAAUUCACAAUUCAGAGAUUAGAAUUCGACAGUGGGAUGAACGCCAAGAAGCAAAACCCAGCACCAAGAACAUUCAAACGCUAAGGAAAGACAGAUUGUCUUUUUAUCGCGUCAUGUCAAAACAACUUUCGUCAUCUAAACGCCUGUAA